AUGGUGUUCCUUGGUCAAUUUGACCCGAGUGUGUGGAGGAGGAGGAGGUCAGAGUGUGUGGAGGAGGAGGAGGUCAGAGUGUGUGGAGGAGGUGGUCAGAGUGAGUGGAGGAGGUCAGAGUGUGUGGAGGAGGAGGUCAGAGUGAGUGGAGGAGGAGGUCAGAGUGAGUGGAGGAGGAGGAGGUCAAAGUGUGUGGAGGAGGAGGAGGUCAGAGUGAGUGGAGGAGGAGGUCAGAGUGUGUGGAGGAGGAGGAGGUCAAAGUGUGUGGAGGAGGAGGAUGUCAGAGUGUGUGGAGGAGGAGAGUGUGUGGAGGAGGAGGAGGUCAGAGUGUGUGGAGGAGGAUGUCAGAGUGUGUGGAGUAGGAGGAGGUCAGAGUGUGGAGGAGGAGGUCAGAGUGUGUGGAGGAGGUCAAAGUGUGUGGAGGAGGAGGAGGAGGUCAGAGUGUGUGGAGGAGGAGGAGGUCAUAGUGUGUGGAGGAGGAGGAGGUCAGAGUGUGUGGAGGAGGAUGUCAGAGUGUGUGGAGUAGGAGGAGGUCAGAGUGUGGAGGAGGAGGUCAGAGUGUGUGGAGGAGGUCAAAGUGUGUGGAGGAGGAGGAGGAGGUCAGAGUGUGUGGAGGAGGAGGUCAGAGUGUGUGGAGUAGGAGGAGGUCAGAGUGUGGAGGAGGAGGUCAAAGUGUGUGGAGGAGGAGGAGGAGGUCAGAGUGAGUGGAAGAGGAGGAGGUCAAAGUGUGUGGAGGAGGAGGAUGUCAGAGUGUGUGGAGGAGGAGGAGGUCAGAGUGUGGAGGAGGAGGUCAAAGUGUGUGGAGGAGGAGGAGGAGGUCAGAGUGAGUGGAAGAGGAGGAGGUCAAAGUGUGUGGAGGAGGAGGAUGUCAGAGUGUGUGGAGGAGGAGGAGGAGGAGGAGGUGGUCAGAGUGUGUGGAGGAGGAGGUCAGAGUGUGUGAAGGAGGUCAGAGUGUGUGGAGGAGGAUGUCAGAGUGUGUGGAGGAGGAGGAGGUCAGAGUGUGUGGAGGAGGAGGAGGUCAGAGUGUGUGGAGGAGGUGGUCAGAGUGAGUGGAGGAGGUCAGAGUGUGUGGAGGAGGAGGUCAGAGUGAGUGGAGGAGGAGGUCAGAGUGAGUGGAGGAGGAGGAGGUCAAAGUGUGUGGAGGAGGAGGAGGUCAGAGUGAGUGGAGGAGGAGGUCAGAGUGUGUGGAGGAGGAGGAGGUCAAAGUGUGUGGAGGAGGAGGAUGUCAGAGUGUGUGGAGGAGGAGAGUGUGUGGAGGAGGAGGAGGUCAGAGUGUGUGGAGGAGGAUGUCAGAGUGUGUGGAGUAGGAGGAGGUCAGAGUGUGGAGGAGGAGGUCAGAGUGUGUGGAGGAGGUCAAAGUGUGUGGAGGAGGAGGAGGAGGUCAGAGUGUGUGGAGGAGGAGGAGGUCAUAGUGUGUGGAGGAGGAGGAGGUCAGAGUGUGUGGAGGAGGAGGUCAGAGUGUGUGGAGUAGGAGGAGGUCAGAGUGUGGAGGAGGAGGUCAGAGUGUGUGGAGGAGGUCAAAGUGUGUGGAGGAGGAGAUCAGAGUGUGUGGAGGAGGAGGAGGUCAGAGUGUGUGGAGGAGGAUGUCAGAAUGUGUGGAGUAGGAGGAGGUCAGAGUGUGGAGGAGGAGGUCAGAGUGUGUGGAGGAGGUCAAAGUGUGUGGAGGAGGAGGAGGAGGUCAGAGUGUGUGGAGGAGGAGGAGGUCAUAGUGUGUGGAGGAGGAGGAGGUCAGAGUGUGUGGAGGAGGAUGUCAGAGUGUGUGGAGUAGGAGGAGGUCAGAGUGUGGAGGAGGAGGUCAGAGUGUGUGGAGGAGGUCAAAGUGUGUGGAGGAGGAGGAGGAGGUCAGAGUGUGUGGAGGAGGAGGUCAGAGUGUGUGGAGUAGGAGGAGGUCAGAGUGUGGAGGAGGAGGUCAAAGUGUGUGGAGGAGGAGGAGGAGGUCAGAGUGAGUGGAAGAGGAGGAGGUCAAAGUGUGUGGAGGAGGAGGAUGUCAGAGUGUGUGGAGGAGGAGGAGGUCAGAGUGUGGAGGAGGAGGUCAAAGUGUGUGGAGGAGGAGGAGGAGGUCAGAGUGAGUGGAAGAGGAGGAGGUCAAAGUGUGUGGAGGAGGAGGAUGUCAGAGUGUGUGGAGGAGGAGGAGGUCAGAGUGUGUGGAGGAGGAGGAGGUCAGAGUGUGGAGGAGGAUGUCAGAGUGUGUGGAGGAGGAGGAGGUCAGAGUGUGGAGGAGGAUGUCAGAGUGUGUGGAAGGGGUCAAAGUGUGUGGAGGAGGUCAAAGUGUGUGGAGGAGGAGGAGGAGGUCAGAGUGUGUGGAGGAGGAGGUCAGAGUGUGUGGAGGAGGUCAGAGUGUGUGGAGGAGGAGGAGGUCAUAGUGUGUGGAGGAGCAGGAGGUCAGAGUGUGUGGAGGAGGAUGUCAGAGUGUGUGGAGGAGGAGGAGGUCAGAGUGUGAAGGAGGAGGUCAGAGUGUGUGGAGGAGGUCAAAGUGUGUGGAGGAGGAGGAGGAGGUCAGAGUGUGUGGAGGAGGAGGAGGUCAGAGUGUUUGGAGGAGGAGGAGGUCAGAGUGUGUGGAGGAGGAGAAGGUCAGAGUGUGUGGAGGAGGAGGAGGUCAUAGUGUGUGGAGGAGGAGGAGGUCAGAGUGUGUGGAGGAGGAGGUCAGAGUGUGUGGAGGAGGAGGAGGUCAGAGUGUGUGGAGGAGGAGGAGGAGGUCAGAGUGUGUGGAGGAGGAGGAGGUCAGAGUGUGUGGAGGAGGAGGAGGAAGUUAGAGUGUGUCGAGGAGGAGGAGGAGGUCAGAGUGUGUGGAGGAGGAGGAGGAGGUCAGAGUGUGUGGAGGAGGAGGAGGAGGUCAGAGUGUGUGGAGGAGGAGGAGGAGGUCAGAGUGUGUGGAGGAGGAGGUGCCACAUCAGCCAUCGUUCUCAGCCAACAGUGUCUCCAAUACUGGAAUCUUUACAGUGUUGGAGUGACUACAAGUCCUUCUUUCAAUGCAAAUGGAAGGAGGAGCCGAGCAGCAAACCCAAUGGAAAAUUAAAGCUUUGGCUCAAAGUGAAAAAUGGCAGGAGUGGUUUGUGUGAAGACUACACCUCAAAUGAGGAGGGCAUCACUCAGUGCAGAUAUGAAACCAAAACUUUUUCUCCAGGAACAACUUACACAGCUUUCUUUGAAGAAAUGGGCGGCUUCUGCUCCAGUGGUCAAAGCAAAAGUCUGGAUCUGCACAGUCUUCUGAGGCCCCAAGCACCAGUCAGCCUGACGACAUCACGUACAGAUGACGGCGGACGAUUGCUCACAUGGUCCAGCCCUUACUCACAACCCUCUGCAUUCAAUGAUGGCAUACAUUUUCAACUGAGCUACAGACCAGAAGGACACGGAUGGACGUCAGAGGAGACCUUCGACAAUCGUAAGAAACUGGAAAAGCUGAGUUUGAUCCCUGGGCGCAGAUAUGAGGCCCAAGUGCGAGCACAGCUCAUGAAGGGCCCAUGGAGCCAUUGGAGCCCCACUGUCUCCUGGUACACUCCACCAGACGUGGAUACAGAGCCCCCGGUGGACUGCGUGCUGUUGGGGGAGAAGGAUGUGCUCUGCAGAUGGGAGCAGAGCAUUGAGACGGUCCACUUCAUUAGCUAUCAGCUGGUCGCUCGUCACAACGACACAGCCCUAGCUGAGCCGUGUCAGGAGGAGGAGAAGGCGGUGGUCACAGAUGCUGCUGUCGGGUUCAGCUGCGUCCUGAGCCUCACAUCACACACAUCACCGCUGACAUCAUCUCUGAAGGUGGAGCUGGUCCCAAAACACAGCAUCAAGAUUUUCGAUUCCACCAAAAACGUCCACCCGGACCCCCCCUCGUGGGUGUCUGUGUGCGAGGCCGUGGGACAGAACUGGAGACUGGACUGGACCCCAGCAAAGAUCCGUUAUUCAAGUUUGGACCAUGAGGUGUGCUACUACAGCCUGGAGGAGGAGGAAGAGGAGCUGGAGAAGUACUGCAAUGAGAGCUCAAAGUACAAAAGGAUAUGGAUUCCCAGCGGCUCAUCCUCGGUCACCAUCCUGGCCUCGUCCUUACGGCCCUCUCACAAAUACGCUGCCACGAUCCGGUCCCACGUCCGCCCUCCUCUACAGGGCCCACCGUCAACCUGGAGUCCUCCUUACAGGUGGAAGUCACACCCAGCACCGGGGCCCGCCUCCAACCAGAUCUACGUGAGUGUAGCCGCCGUGCUAAUGGGAGUCUUCAUCAUGCUCUUCAUCGUCCCUGUCUGCAGAAGGAAAGCUCUUGUUUGGAUGGAAUCUGUUCCUUCUCCAGGCAAAAGCAGAGUCAUCUUGGACUUCAAGAGCCUAAAUGAUAAUAAAGUCAAUGGUUGUAAAGUUCUGGAGGUGGAUAGUGUGUUGACGUGCUCCACAGAAAUAUUCAGUCCUGGUACCUUUCACUUUGGGGAGGAAGAGGGGGAAGAGAAAGAGAAGACUGUGGCUGAAGCCCUCUGGAGCUGUGAUAGGCUGCAUGUCCCACCUCUGGAAAAAACCUCGUUGAGCUUCUCUGGACCAUACAUCUUGUGUCAGGCUGUGGAGCACUCACCAGUGGAGGACAGCUUGGAGCAGACUGAAGUGGAUGUGGGACGUCCCGCCUCAGUGAGGACCCUCUCUGAAGGUUCAUAUGUGCUGCUCCCGGGACAAGAGCGUGUGUAUGUUGAUCAGGCCUCACACAGUCUCGAUCGCGCGGAUCUUUGCAGCACGAGCACAGAGCACCACGAACACAGCAACAGCUUUCAGCCACCAGAGAGCGCCAUACAGGCCUCCGGUUACUGCCAGCUCCCUGUCCCUGAUACAUCCAUGGAGCCCUCUACUGUCCAUACACCCACACACUCCAAAGGGACUCAGCCUGAUCCACUGAUAUGGUGA